CUUGAAUGGGUAAAUAUAGUCCGACAGCUCUUUCAAAUCAUCGGUUUGUCCGCCGAUCCAUCCAUCCAUCGACCAUCAGUCCACACUAUGCCAUCUCACGUGUGCAGACAUUUAUCCCUUUUCCACCGGCCAGCCGUGUAUCAACACCCUCAACCCCCCCACACACACCCGUCUCGUUCUAAUUAGGUAGCUACUUCGGCACACCGGCCAUCCCCCUGUCAGUCAGUCUGUGUGUGCAUGUGUGUGAGGUGUGUCCGUGAUAUGCCGGUCAGCCAGAACACACAGAGAGAGUGUCAUCGGGGCGAGGCAGGCGUCACACGUACACCAUAGCGGAUGGAUGGGUGUAUCAGGCAGACACGGAUCUUAUCUACGUCCACCGGUGGGGAGAGAAGCCUGGCCCUUACUUAUCUCUCUCUCUCUCUCUGUGUGUGUGUGUCUGUGUGGGUGUGUGGGUGCCUCCCUGCUGCUCUGUACAAGUGUGCGCUUUGUCGUCCAGAAAAGCAAAGGGGCCAAAACAGUCGCACAGGUGAGAAAAGGACACACAGAAACAGACGCUGUGUGCGUGUGUGUGGUAGAAAUGGAAAAGUAAGGCGAAAAACGAUGAGGUCAUGGCUUAAUCAUCCGAUCAUCAAUACAAUACAAUACAGCCCCCCUCCCCUUUCCUCCCAUGAAUGGAAUGGAUUGCACUGCUUGGAAAUCCCCCUAGCUGCUUGCCCACGCUAUCUUAAAAUUCAUCACUGCCGCGUGAGAGGAUACCUCUCGAUGCACUUCCAGCCCUGAAUGUCAGCGCCCGUCUCAUAGAGAGCUAUCGCGGCAACGCCGAACUUACUUCCCCGCACCUCCUCACUGAGGCUGGCGCUCAGCUUGGCCUUUUUGUCGUUCGAGAGGUUGCCAUAGACGAGCGACACAUGGGGCAUGAACCCACUAUUCGGCCCUCGGAACUCCUGGCCCUCGUCAACGUACAAGAGCUGCAUCAAGCCAUCCAUCAUUGGACGGAAAUAUAUAGUUAACAAACAGGCAGAUGCGCCUCACGUAGUACGUACCUUCUUGGCGUUGUCGUGCAAGUCGUCGAGCUCUGGGGUCUUGUUGAUUAGAGCAUAGACGCACUGCCAGAACACGUCACCGUAAUCGACAUCGGUGACGGUGAGCGUCAGGGGCCCCGAUAUUGAGGCCGCCAGCUGAGUGCACUUGUCCUGCAUGGCCUCCAACGAAAGAUGCGUGAUGUGGCCGAUCUGAAUGAAUGACACACAGGGAGGAGAGGAAGUAAUCGAUCACUGAAGGCAGUCACAUAGAUGUACACACGCAUGACCGACCAGUGUGACGUGUGGUAGGAACGCAGGUGUGCCCAAUUCGCUUGCGUGCCGGUUAAUGAUAUCACCAAAAGGCUUCUGGGGCGCCUACAAUCAACCCAUCAACACAUGUAUGUGGCGGUUGGUAUAAUUAAUCAAUCUGAUUCAGUGCAUGCAAUGCAAUGCCAUCGCACUGCACCGCAUAUAUAGUAUAGACAAUGAAUGCUCGCUCGCCUUACCUCAAGAAAGAGGCUGAACACCUUCUUCUCGGCUGCGGGCGGAAAUAAAGAUAACAAAUGAGCUACAGCCAGCCUGACACUGUGUGUGAAGUCUCUGUACGGGAUUGCGUCUUCAUCCUUGAUAGCACGGUCUUGGUUGUCUUGUCGAUGAUGGCCAUGCCCUCGGCCCUCAGCGCCUUGGCAGCGAGUCGUAAGGUGUUGGCCGUGGCGUCGAGCUUCUUGGCCGACUGGAGGAUGGCCUUGCCGGUCUGAAUCUGCUGCUGCAGCAUCGACAACUCAACGCCUGCACACACAAACACACACACACACACGGCUGCAUCAGAUAGAUCUGUUUCCAUGUGGGGAUGCAUAGCCGCACGGCGCUUAUUCUCGAGGGAGUGGGUCUCCUGAGUGCGGCCGACAAAUGACGAAGCUGCAGCCAGCAACAGGUAGGACAGCCACAUCACAUACUUAUAUGGGCAGAUCUGCCACCGGGUUCGGUGCGGGUGUGUCCCCUGGGGCUUACGUCGGUCAUAGUUGCGCUGAGCCGCCAGCAGCGGCUGCACAAUGGCCGCCAGGCCGACCACCACGACGAUACCGAAGCCGAAACGCAUCAUGGCGGCUCGACUAAAAGCUCCACAGACGGACGGACGGACGGACGGAAUGAAUGAACCAACGAAGAUGCGUGACAGUUUAAGGGCCGCGUGGCCUGUGUAAACGCCCCCCUUCCCGAUGCGUUGUGGCGCGCGGGAGUGUGCAAGACAGGUGCUGAGCCCGGGGCGGAGGCUCCCGCUCAAGAAACAGAGGCCCCCGCCGGUCGGUUGAUGCAGAGGCCAGUGGCGCGAUGCGUAUAAGGACCUGCUGAAGGCUAGAGUGAGAGGGCCGGCCAGACGAGGAG